AUGUCUCGCCUCAGCCAGGUCCUCUUCCUGGCAGCCGCCGUGCCUCUAGCCAACUUGGCGGGCGCUCAGACGAUCACUGUUGAUGAUGCCAUUCUCGAGGCCAACGAAUCGACCGUCGCCCCGGCUGCGGAAGCAUUGACUGGCGAUCUCUUGAAAGAGGAGACAGUACAGCUGACUGAUGCUGUGCUGACCAACCUCACGGACCUCUCCCUAUCUAAUGUGUCUCUGUUUGACUUUGACACUACAUCGACAGGCGAGAAGCGCUCUGGCUCGGCCCGCACCUUCAACAAGUGCAAGACAUACCCUGGCGACCUUCUGUGGCCAAUACCUAUUGGUGCUUCUUGCUACGACGACUUUGGGAACUACGAUGCUGCUCGCUGCGAGUACAUCACCAACGAGUGGACGAACUCAACAACCCACACGGAGGACCCGACGUCGGUGAUGAGUCCCUUGUACCAAGGUCUCACUUGUAUGCCUUCCGGCGUGAACAACAUCUCUGCUGGUACUUGCACCGUUGGUGGCUACCCUUCGUACGUCGUCAAGGCUACCAACGUGGCCCAAAUCCAACUUGCCGUCAACUUCGCUCGUAACCUCAACCUGCGCUUAGUUGUGAAGAACACUGGCCACGACUUCAACGGUCGCUCUUCCGGGUCAGGUGCUCUGUCCGUCUGGACUCACUUCCUCAAGAGUAUCAACUUCUACAACAACUACAACACAGGAUCCUACUCUGGCCCGGCCCUCAAGGUUGGCGCUGGUGUGCAAGGAUUCGAGCUGUAUGAGGCCGCCGAGAAAUAUGGCGUGACCGCAGUCGGCGGAGAAGGCAUGACUGUUGGUUACGCCGGAGGCUACCUUGCCGGCGGUGGACACUCGCCAAUGUCACCCAAGUAUGGCAUCGCUGCUGACUCGGUCCUGAGCAUUGAUGUUGUUACCCCUGAUGGCCGUUUCGUGACCGCCAACGAGAACCAAAACACUGAGCUCUUCUGGGCCCUGCGUGGUGGUGGUGGCAAUACUUUCGGCGUCGUGACCUCAUACGUUGUCAAGGCUUACCCCAAGCUCGACAACGUUGCCGUGAUGACCUUCAGCUUCAGCACCGGCGCAAACAUCACCAACGAUGCCUUUUGGGCCGCUGUCAAGGCCUACUGGGAGGGCCUGCCUACCUGGAAUGCUGCUGGCAACUAUGAGUACUGGAACAUUUUCCACACUGGACCGGAAACACUCACCUUCACCAUGCUUCCCUGGUUCGCCCCCAACAUGACUUUGCAGGAGCUCAAGGGCCUCACUGCCCCUCUCUUUGCGAAGUGGGCCGCCCUCGGCGUCAAUGUUUCCCCUGUAUACUCCGAACACAAGAGUUUCCUGCCUGCCUGGAAGGCCGGUUUCCCCAAGGAGCUCGUUGGUGGCACGGCUGCUAAGACUGCUUGCCGUCUCUUCCCUACCGAGAACUUUGCCGAUGCCACAAAGUUCAAUGCCACUUUCGAAGCAAUCAAGGGCUUGAGUGACAAGGGCGGCGAGAUUAUCGGCUUCGGAAUCACCGGUGGCCCCGGUCCCUACCCCGAUAACGCCGUCAACCCGGCGUGGCGUGGAGCCGCCAUGUUCGCCAUCUCAGUCAUCGGAUGGCCCGUUGGUUCUUCCAUGGAAGUAGCUGCCGAGAGAUCCAAGCUCCUGACGAACGAGUGGAUGCAGCCCUGGCGGAAUGUCACGCCUGGAGGUGGCGGCUAUGCUAGCGAAGGUGAUGUCACUGAGCCUGACUUCAAACAGUCUUUCUAUGGAACGGAAAAGUACGCUCGUCUUCUUGCGUUCAAGCAGAAGAUUGAUCCCAGCGGAGUGUUCUAUGCCAACUUGGGUGUUGGAAGUGAUGAUUGGUACGUCACACGCCAGCUUGAUGGGCUGCCGACGCAGAAUGGUCGCCUGUGCCGGGUAUGA